UUUCUGCAUUUUCCACUCCCCACUAAAACAUAAUAUCUUUGAAAAAGAUUGAAAAAAUAAGGCAUCUCAAUUCUCAUGCCUUUGUUUAAAAUGACCAAAUAGAAAAAAUCUAAAGAGUGAGGGGAAGUUGGCUUUAUUAAAAAAGGAAAAAACUUUGGAAUCUGUCAAAUGGAUGGAAUAAUUGAAAUUUACUAGGAACCAGUCAUGAUGAGCCUUCCAAAAGUCUACCAUCGGUUCUCUUUACUCUCUCUACACUCAACCAAAACCCUCUUCUUCUCCUCAUCUUCUUCUUCUUCUUCUCUUCCUCGCCCCGUUAAACGCUUUCCGUUAUUGCGUUCGCAUUCUAGAAGAUUCUCUAAAAUCAGCAUGGCUUCAUCCAGAUUUCAUCAUCUUGUCCCCGUCAACGCCGUUACGGCUGAGAACGGCGGUAACGGCACUGCCUCUAACGGCGCUGCUGUUGCUUAUGAUGACGAUGUAGAAUCAGCAUCAGCUACUGGAUAUUGUCUUCCUCCCCAUGAGAUUAGAGAUAUUGUUGACGCUCCACCACUUCCAGCACUAUCAUUUUCUCCAUUAAGGGAUAAAAUACUGUUUCUUAAGCGGAGAUCCUUGCCACCUUUGUCAGAUUUAGCAAGACCUGAGGAAAAGCUUGCUGGAAUUCGCAUCGACGGGAAAUGUAAUACCAGGAGUCGCAUGUCUUUCUACACUGGUAUAGCGAUCCAUCAGUUAAUGGAAGAUGGUAGCCUAGGACCGGAAAAAGAGAUUCAGGAUCUCCCAGAAGGUGCUAAAAUUAACUUUGUAACAUGGUCAAAUAAUGGUCAGCAUUUAGCCUUCAGUGUCCGUCUUGAUGAGGAUGAUGGCAGCAGCAGCAAACUGAGAGUAUGGGUUGCUAAUGUGGAUACUGGGAAAGCUAGACCUCUUUUUGAGUCACCAGAUAUAUAUGUAAAUGCUGUUUUUGACAACUUUGUUUGGGUGAAUGACUCAACUCUUUUGGUGAGUACCAUUCCAUUAUCUCGUGGAGAUCCACCAAGGAAACCUUUGGUUCCCUCUGGCCCCAAGAUUCAAUCUAAUGAGCAGAAGAAUGUUAUUCAAGCUAGAACCUAUCAGGAUUUGCUCAAAGAUGAAUAUGAUGAAGAUCUGUUUGAGUAUUAUGCUACUACACAGCUGGUUUUGGCUUCUUUAGAUGGGGAAAUGAAGCCUUUUGGUCCACCAGCUAUAUACACUUCAAUGGACCCUUCCCCAGACCAAACAUACAUUAUGAUCACCUCAACUCACAGGCCGUUUUCAUUUGUUGUACCAUGUGGAAGGUUUCCCAAAAAGGUUGAAGUGUGGAAAGCUAAUGGAGAAUUUGUGAGAGAACUUUGCGAUUUGCCCCUUGCCGAAGAUAUUCCCAUUGCAUUCAAUAGUGUGAGGAAAGGAAUGCGAUCAAUCAAUUGGAGAGCAGAUAAACCAUCGACCCUCUAUUGGGUUGAGACACAAGAUGGUGGUGAUGCUAAAGUUGAAGUUUCUCCACGUGACAUAAUUUAUACACAAUCUGCUGCACCAUUUGAAAAUGAACAGCCUAAAAUUUUGCAUAAAUUGGAUCUUCGCUAUGGAGGGAUUUCUUGGUGUGAUGAUACACUUGCAUUAGUUUAUGAAUCGUGGUACAAAACAAGGAAGGUGAGGACAUGGGUUAUAUCCCCCGGAUCAGAGGAUGUAAAUCCACGGAUCCUAUUUGAUCGAUCAUCUGAAGAUGUUUAUUCUGAUCCUGGUUCUCCCAUGUCGCGGAGAACUCCUGCUGGAACUUAUGUUAUUGCGAAAGUGAAGAAGGAAGAUGAUGGGAACACUUAUGUGUUAUUAAAUGGAAGUGGCGCUACCCCAGAAGGAAACAUUCCGUUCCUCGAUUUGUUUGACAUAAAUACAGGCAGUAAGGAACGAAUAUGGCAGAGUGACAAGGAAAAAUAUUUUGAGACCGUCGUUGCUUUGAUGUCUGAUCAGAAGGAAGGGGAAUUGUCAAUAAAUAAGUUGAAGAUACUCACUUCUAAAGAAUCCAAAACUGAAAACACUCAGUACUACCUUCUGAGCUGGCCAGAGAAAAAAGCAUGUCAGAUAACAAACUUCCCUCAUCCAUACCCACAGCUGGAAUCAUUGCAAAAAGAAAUGAUCAGGUAUCAGAGGAAGGAUGGAGUUCAACUUACUGCGACCCUAUAUCUUCCACCAGCUUAUGAUCCCUCAAGAGAUGGACCUCUCCCAUGCCUAGUAUGGUCAUACCCUGGAGAAUUUAAGAGUAAAGAGGCAGCUAGCCAAGUUCGAGGUUCUCCUAAUGAGUUUGCUGGCAUUGGGCCAACAUCCCCCCUCCUAUGGUUAGCAAGGGGGUUUGCUGUCUUAUCAGGGCCGACUAUUCCUAUCAUUGGAGAGGGUGAUGAAGAGGCCAAUGACAGGUAUAUAGAACAACUUGUCGCAAGUGCUGAGGCUGCAGUGGAAGAAGUUAUACGUCGGGGAGUGGCUGAUCCAAACAAAAUUGCUGUUGGUGGUCACUCCUAUGGGGCAUUCAUGACAGCAAACCUCCUUGCACAUGCACCUCAUCUUUUCUGUUGUGGAAUUGCUCGUUCUGGAGCUUAUAACAGAACACUAACACCUUUUGGAUUCCAGAAUGAGGAGAGAACACUUUGGGAGGCGACCAAUAUUUAUGUUGAGAUGAGCCCCUUUAUGUCAGCCAAUAAGAUUAAGAAGCCUAUCUUGCUUGUCCAUGGGGAGGAGGACAACAAUCCAGGAACCUUGACAAUGCAGUCAGAUCGUUUCUUCAAUGCACUGAAAGGUCAUGGUGCACUUUGUCGCCUUGUAAUUCUACCAUAUGAGAGUCAUGGUUAUGGAGCACGAGAGAGCAUAAUGCAUGUACUCUGGGAGACUGAUCGGUGGCUCCAAAAGCAUUGUGUCUACUCUUCAGAUGUCAAGGCUGAUCUUAGUGCGUGCAAAGACAAUGCCGAAGGGACAGUAGAUUCACAAAGCAAAGCUGUUGGUGCUGCUGGAGGUGUUCAAGAGCUUUCAAAUUUGGAUGAUGACAAAUUUCACUCCAUCACAAGGUCAUUAUUGUGAUUUCGAGGGUGACAAGCUACCUGGAGAUGAAGCCAGGAGUACCCGCUUAGGUCCACUUGCUGACCACAUAUACAACAAUUCUAUUGCAACAAUAAGAACCCUCAAAGGAGUGCAGGUCACACUAUUUUCAUAAGACGACUGUGCUGCUUUAAUGCCAUGGCCUCAUGGGUGACAAUACUGCGUUCUGCUUUGCGCGGUUACAAUUUAGAAGUGUAAAGCUAUUGUUCAUUAAUUAAAGAGGAACUAAAUAUUGGAUAUGAUAAACAUCUUUAUACCGUGUACUACGAUUAGAAAUUGUUGAUUCGGUACUCAAUGAUUUCGUCUAGCUUA